UUUAAUCUAAAGUACACUUUAUCUUCUUUCACUUUCCUUUUCUUCUCCAAAACCCUAAAAAAAUGGAACAUCCAUUCUUCAUCAAUAACGGCCCACCAACAAACAGAUCCGAAGCAGUACGUUGGCUAACAAUCGCCGAAAAACUCUUAACAAAUCGUGAUUUAGUCGGAUCCAAAUCAUUCGCAACCCGUGCCCGUGAAUCCGACCCGACAUUAUCAAACCCAAUUUCUCAAAUCUUAAGCAUAAUCGAUACCUUAACAGCUGGUGAUAAAAGAAUUAAUAAUCAUCACUUUGAUUACUACUCAAUUCUUCAAAUCCCACAUAAUCAAACUCAAAAUUUUGAGUUUAUAGCUGAUCAGUAUCGUAGAUUUGCUCUUCUUUUGAAUCCAACAAAUAAUCAUUUUCCGUAUUCGAAUGAAGCUUUUGGACUUGUUGUUGAUGCUUUUGAAGUGCUUUCGGAUCCUUUAAGGAAGAGUAUGUAUGAUAAAGAAUUGGGUUUUUUUGUUAAUCUUAAUCCGGUUAGUUUUGGUGGGUUUGAAGGAAUACAAAGUUCGAAUGCAGAUCAAGUGUUUGUUAAUAUGUCUAAUAGAGAUCCACAAGGUGGAAUUUCGAGCAUGCCGGUCACAUUUCAAGAAACUAUGACUAUGCCAAGCUCAGGUACAGAGCAAGGACAGCAGCAGCAACAACAACCAGUAAGCUCUGUUUCAUUUUCAAACUUAAAUGAACAACCUGCGACAUUCUUGAAUUUAAAUCAACCACAGCCGGUAACAUCUGAGAGAAGCUUAAAUAGAGAAAACCCGCCAUUUGGUAUCGGGUUGAGCUCGACACGAGGGCGAGAACCCGAGGUUUCGGUAGAGCAAAGUAGGAAUAAUCAGCCCCCAGUAAGAAAUGAGAAUGUGAUGGGGAGCAAUGAAACUAGACCUGCUAGUACUAGUAAAAAUGCGAGUAAUGUGAAGGAGAAAGAAGGUAAUAAAGUAGAUGCACCAGAUAGGAGGAUACCUAGUUUUUGGACUGCAUGUCCUUAUUGUUAUGUUAUGCUUGAAUACCCUUUGGAUUACGUUGACUGUACAUUUCGGUGUCAAAAUUGUAAGAAGGCUUUUCAAGGUGUAAAGGUUGCAAGUCCACCGCCAAUUAUUGAUGGGAAAGAAGCUUAUUUCUGUUGCUGGGGAUUUAUGCCUCUAGGAUUUUCCGCGGAGCAUUUUGAGAGAAGUAGAAAUAAUGUGUCUAGCUGGUCUCCAUUUUCUCCCAUGUUUACUUGUCCUGCUGGGGUACAAAGUAAUGUGAGUACUCAUGGCAAUUUGCAUAAUGCUGGUGGGACGAAAGGUCGGGGUGGACGAACUGCUCCAAGGAUUUACAAUGAUGAUGAUGAUGACGACGAUGACGUGCUUGUUGACUUAUCGGAGGUCCUUUCUGAAGAUACUCCUCUAAGGUAGAGAAAGGUAAAUUCUGAAAGAAGUUUUUCCGAGGGUCUGUAGAUCCCACAGUCCCCAGACCCCACUUGUGGGACCACACUGUGUAUGUUGUAGUUGUGCUGUUGUUGUUUCAUUAAGAGAAGAAGAAGGAAGAGAGAAUCAAGCCUUUCAUUUUCACUGUAAAAUGUAUCUUUCAAUUAUUUUCUUUGAUGUUUAGCUUGUUAACAUCUCUUGUGUUUAGUAAUUCUCCUGUGAAGUGAACUUUGUGAUUGAGGAAUAGAUGAAAGUAUCCUGUAACAUGAUUUUGUUAACUCAAUACAAUUUGCUUCAGAGGUGAUUAUAUUUUUUA